AUGUUAAGGUUGCCUUAAUCGAAUAAUUACAUAAUAGUAUUUGCACUACUAACUAUAUUAAUCUCUUCUUGUAAUGCAAGCAACCAUUUAAGAGGUCAUAUUGAAGGUAAUAAAAUUAUUUAAAAAUUUAGAGCAUGAAAAUAAGCAUUUAUAUUCUAGCCAUAAGAAAGGAAACCCUAUAACUGCUGUUAUAUUUGGAUUUCUAUGCAUUGCUGGAGCAUUUGCUAUGUUAUGGUACAAUGAAAGAAGGUUUCUAAUUAUUACAUAACAACUUUAGAUAAGCAAUAACAGAAUACAGAUUAGAAUAAGCAAAGAAAUAAUGUACAUCAGUUAACUCAGCUGAAAUAAAUCCUAAUACCAAUCAUUAAUUGAUUCACACUAAUGGUAUUAUCUGAUCUAAAUUAAUUUUAUAGGUGAAAGUAGAACCAAUGAUUUAGUUGUAGAUGCUGCAUUUGGUUUAUCUUUAAAAGAUUGUAUUAAACUAGUCAGAACUGUAGAAAUGUAUUAAUGGAUUCGUAGAUCAAGAGAAGAAAAUAAGAGAACUGUUUAUUAUUAUGUUUAAGAAUGGAGUACAAUAUUUCAUGAAGAUUGUGGAGAUGGGCACUUUAAUGAUAAAACAAAAUGGAUAGUUGAAUAAGAAACAUAAAUCAACUUAAAAGUUAGGAUCGGUGCUUAUUUAAUGAGUAAAUCUUUGGCAGAAUAAACUAAUCCAAAUGAAAGUAUUCCUAUGGCAAGCAAUAAUGCAUAAUCAGUAGCUAAUUUUUAUGGAUAUUAAAAAGGGUUUUAGAAUUAGUAUAUUAAUAUUAUAUUCUAGUGAAGCUAAUGGAUAAUAUAUAUAUUUCAAAUAAAAUAAUGGUACCAUCUCUAUGAAUGAUUUAAGAGUCUCAUUUAAUGCAGCCAAAACUGGUCCCACUACUGUUGUUUCUCAAUAAUAAAAUGAUACAUUUACACCUUUUAUUAUUCAUGAUAAAUUUGAAUCAACAUUAGCUAGAGAUGAAAACUUAGAAGAAAUGCAAUGCUCUUGUACUACUUGUUGUUGUCUUUGUUGCAAAUUAUGUAAAGCACUUGAAAAACCUUUAACUGAAAUUGAUUGGAUCUAUGAAACAAUCUUAACAUAAAAUUAAGUUUUUAAAAAAAAAGCAGAAGAAAAUGCCUGUAUUACUAUGGCAUAAAGAAUUGGCGGAUAUGUGUUAAUGGUAUAUCAUUUUUUUAUUUUUUUAGGGAAUCGGAUUUUGUUUAAUAUUCUCUCCUAUUUCAUGGUUAAUCUCAUGGUUCCCUUUGGUUGGAAACUUUUUAGCUACCAUCACAGGAUUUAUUUUCUUUUUAGUCAGUUUUAUUAUUUCUAUUCCAUUUUCACUUUUAACUAUUGCCUUCGCAUGGCUAUUUUAUCAUCCUAAAUAUGGAAUUGCAUUAAUUGCUCUUUCUGGAGUUAUUGGAGCAGGCAUCUAUUUUUACAUUAAAAGUUAGAGUUGA